AUGUCUCAACAAGGGCCACCCCAUAGGUUCGACCCAGACGACGGAAGGGUGUUUGAUACCAUCCAGGCCCUCAUCGAGGACUGGCAGGACCAUGUGCCCUCCAAUCAGUUCCAGCAGUAUGGGCCGAUUGACCGAUAUCUCAACCUCAAGUUCUCGAGGGCGGAUCAUUUAGUAAAACCUCAAGCGCUCUUCCGAAGAACACUCAAAGAGCAUGAGGCUAUUCUACGAGAAGCAGUGUCUUAUGAUGACGAUGAUUACCUCGUCUACACCGAGGCGGAGCUUCUGCGAGAUAUCGCUACCCUUGGAUUAGAGGGGGAAGUUGAUGAUGAAAAUCCCGCAUCACCCGCUCGCCGGCGAUCGUUUUUGGAGGCGGGAGAUGCAUACAACAACAAUCCACUGCAACACGAUAUUGACGAUGAUGGGACCACCGAUGCGACCUGGAAGGAGGAGCCGGAGGAUGUCUUGAUGGAGGCUGCUAAUGUGAGCUUUGACUCAACGUCGAAUAAUCCGGUUGUUACCGGCAAGGAGGGCACGAAGUUCCCAGACUUCGUUGUAUGCUCGUUCUACCGGCCACGCAUAAACGUAAAGGAUAAGGUUCGUGUGGUGAUGGAGAUUGCCUCAGCAGGCAAGGAUGAGAAAGAGACGAAUCGGACAAAGAAGCUUGUCAUGCAACAGCUGCUCAGGUACAUGUACCGACUCGGAAAGGAGGGCGACCGAUGGACAGUCAAGGCUGUGGGCAUCGCUAUGGUUGGAACCGAAGUCGCCUUCUACGAUGUCGGUAUUGAAACUUGGGAGCACUACAACUCAUCCUGGUACAGCUUAUACGGGCAGGAGUUCCUUGAUCGCAUAAAUGAAGCUACAAACUGGACUGCUCACUAG